AUGUCUUCUGAUCUUAUCAGACAGCUGCGGGCGCUGGAGAAGAAGCUGUCCGCCGAAGCUUCCCAGAUUCAGGAGCUGGUGAGAUUAAAAAAGAACAAGAACAAGCACUAUGCCCCGCACGUGGCCGAGGUCGAGAAGCUGAUGGAGGUAUCCAAGCAGCGCCUGGAGUUGGGUAAGGCUUUGAUUCGGGCCAGCGACAAGGGUGGCAAGCUGAAGAGCGGCGACAAGCCUGAUGGACCUAGCAAGCCAAACGGGAAGAGUUGA